AUGUCACAAACAGAAGCGCCAUGGCAAGUCAUUGCCCGUCGCAAGCAACAAGAGCAGUCAGAUACGAUUCCCAAGAGUUGGACCCUCAAGACUCGUCCAGCAGCCGAUCGCAUCAAUGUGUUAGCAAUCCCGAGAGAAUGUGGCAUUCUAAACACUCGAGAGAUUGAGAUUACAGAAAAGUACGAUGCGACAGCGUUGGUGCAAGAGCUGGCAGCAAAGAGGUUGAAGAGUGUAGAUGUCGUGACUGCGUUCUGCAAGCGAGCGGCUAUUGCUCAACAAUUGACAAAUUGCUUGACAGAAAUCAUGUUCGACGAAGCAAUCGCCAGGGCGAAACAACUUGAUGAACACCUCGAACGGACUGGAAAGCCAAUGGGUCCUCUACACGGCUUACCAAUAUCAGUCAAGGACUCUUUCAAGAUCGUCGGCCGAGACGCAUCCAUCGGUUAUGCAUCUCUAUGUUUCAAACCUGCAGAAACCAAUUCGGCGUUGAUCGAAAUGCUUCUUCAAGCAGGAGCCGUCAUUCACUGCAAGACAAAUAUCCCCCUCACACUGCAAGCGCUGGAUUCUCACAAUAACGUCUUUGGGCGCGUGCUAAAUCCUGCAAACUUGAAACUCACUGCUGGUGGCAGCUCAGGUGGUGAAGGAGCUUUGAUUGCAAUGCGUGGCAGUGUGCUGGGCGUAGGUACGGAUGUGGGAGGCAGUAUUCGUAUACCGGCAAUGUGCAAUGGACUUGUGGGGAUGAAGCCCAGUCAUGGAAGAAUACCAUACGCUGGACAAGAGAAUGGCAGUAUCCCUGGCACUGAAACCUUGGGCAUCAGAUCUGUAGCUGGUCCAAUCGCUCACAAUGUCAGGGAUUGCGAGUUGUUCUUCAAGGCCAUCGGGGACUUGGAGCCGUGGACAUAUGAUCCUGAGUGUGUUGCCCAGACCUGGGAACAACAGGUCGUGCGUAGUGCUAUCAGAACUCCAUCGCUGUCUGACCACAUGAGAAGGUUGAGAAUUGGCAUUGUAAAAACGGAUGGCAUUACAACACCUCUUCCGCCGAUCCAAACGAUUUUGGAGGAGAUCAGCAACACUUUGAAGAGCAAUGCUGCUAUCCAAGUCGUGGAGCUGGACGUCACGUCUCUGCUUUCUCAAUGCCAGACGGUUGCCAAUGGCUUGUUUGGAGUCGAUGGCGCCAACACAGCAUUCGAUCUCAUGGAAGCGACCUCAGAGCCAAUCUCUCCAUGGCUCAAAUCACGUCUGCGCCGCAAGAAGAGUCUGGCAGCAGACAAGAUACGAGACCUUCAAGCACGACGAAACGAGUUGCAGACGCGCUUCCUCGAUAUCUGGAAGCCACACGGCGGAUACUGGAAGAAUGCCUCAGGAAGCGCUGGCAAUCUAGAUGUCUUCAUCUGCCCAGUGGCGCCUCAUCCAACACCAGCAAUCGACACAUGGAACACCGUCUCAUAUACCUCAGCAUUCAAUUUACUCGAUCUUCCAGCGGCAACGCUGCCUAUCCGUCCCAUUCGUGCCUCGGAUCUCAAUGGCAAGAUAUCCGAUGAAUCUUCGGCACCGAAUGGCUGGGAGAAAUAUAAUCGCAAGCUAUGGGAUGGCGAUCGCAGUGUUUUCCUCGGCGGCACGUUAUGCGUGCAAGUGGUUUCUCAGCGUAAGCAAGAGCGUGUGUUGUUGCAAGCAUUGUCGAAAUUGCAAGAUUCGCUUGCAGUGCUGAAGGAAGACAAGGCGGUGAAGUCGAAAUUGUAG